UACCAGAUCAGAAUGUGUCGCCCAUCAUAAAAAGAUUGAAUCUUGAUCGAAUUGUGGGUAUAUAGAGAAGCAUAUCAGAAACAAAAAACAGUGUCACAUAUUGAGACAACUGUGCACAAGCUAGCUAAGUGCUGGAGUUGUCUGGGGAGCAUCUCUUUCACAAAACUAGAAUCAGAUUGGCUAAGAGACUGGGAUUUGUUUGGCAUGCCUCUCCAUCUUCAUCUUCUCUUCUCUUCUCUUCUGUUGUAACACAACAGAAACAACAAUUGCUUUGAUUUCUUAUAUAGUGAGGGAAUGUGAGGAUGAAGCAAACUGCUACUACCCCAUCCAGUUGAUUGUAUCUCCUCUUUUGUCCCUUCUGCACCACCCUUCAUCUCCAUGUCACUGAUUAUUCAUCUCUCCUGGUAAAUUAAGGUGUAGAUGUGCAGGAGGCAAUAAUACUGGGGUUCAGUUGUUAGUUAUAAGCAGCAUUAGUUUAAGGUUUCAAGUGACAAAAGAUCAGACAGAAAUGGAGAAGAUUCUUAAUCAAUACGAAAAGGAGUAUAUGAAGAUGGCCAUGUUAAAGCAUGAAGAAACAUUCAGAGAGCAGGUUUAUGAGCUUCAUCGGCUGUACCGAAUCCAGAAGAUUCUGAUGAAGAACAUUGCAGUGCAGAAGAGGCAAGAAACUCAAGAAAGGGAGUUGAAGAAUGCCACAACUUCAAACCAUGAUUCUAAUCACAAGAGGACUAGGCAGAUUUUGGACUUGGAAAGGCCAGCCGAGGAGUGCCACAACGUUGCAGAUGAAGGCGGGAUUGAAGACGAGAGCGAGCUGGAGCUAACGUUAGGUCCAUCGUGCUACAAUCGGAGGAGAAAGGCGGCGUUGGAGCCUUCAGAUUCUUCUGUUCCCAGCUUUUCUUCUUCCACAGAUAGCCAUGGGAAAGAGAGCUCCAGAGAGGACUUAAAAUGGGGGAUUGAAUUAAAGCAGAGUUUUCUUGAAGGACAGAAUAAGAGUUCAAAUGUUGAAGAGCUGCAGUUUAGGCAGGAUAGAUUGAACAACCCUCCAUGGCUUUUCCAGGCUUUGAGCCUAAACAUGACUUGAAUUCAUGAUCUGAUAGCAUGUUAGAGUACUAAUUUAAUUCUGUGAUUGAUGUUAAUUGUGCUGCUGUUCUUCUUCCACCAAAUCUUCAAAAAUGGCUGUCUUAGAUUCCAGUUCCUAGACAGACAGACAGACAGACAAACCAGGAACAAUGUUUUCUGGGAAUCUCAAAACUUUCCCACAUUAGAGGACUCCAAAUCACAUUAAUCUCUGGGUAAUGGUGAUUAUACCCAAGAACAUACUUCUGUCCAA